AUGGCCGCCAGCUUCAGCGACGAGCGCUCGCCGCUGCUGCCCUCGGGUGUCUCGCAGCGCAUCGGCCGCCGCACGCGCCUCCUCGUGAGCGGCCUGGCGCUGCUGCUGCUGUUCGCAGGCGCCGUGAGCUGCAUUGCGAUCGUGCUGCGGCUGCUGAAGGGGUCGGCGCAUGUAGCUGCGCCGUCGGUGAUCACGCCGCUGGUGCUGGAGGAAGAGGUAAAGACGCGUCGACGGUCGAAUCUGCGCGUGGUCUUCGAUGCCAUUGUGAUCGGCGGUGGACCGGCGGGCUCCGUGGUGUCCAAGCUGCUGAGCGACGAUCCCUGGCGGCGCGUGCUACUGAUCGAGGCGGGCAACGCGUCACAGACGGAGUUGGGUGGCAAGGUGAGGGAGGAGGAGAAGGAGGCGAUUGCGUCGCCACUGAAUGCCAAGGCCUUGACGCCGUUCGACGUGCCGUUCUACUGGACCAACGUGGCCAACACGCCGUCGCUGCAUUGGGCGUACCCGGACGUGAAUGUGGCCAAGGCGCUGGGCGGCUGUGGGAUCCACAACGCCAUGCUCUACGUGCGAGCGCUGCCAUCGGAUCUGGAGCGGUGGCAGAUGGACAAGUGGACGUGGGAGGAGGCGCUGGACAUCUACAUGACGAUCGAGGACUUCGACGGACCCAACUCGAGCUACCACAGCACUCAAGGGUUUCUCCGCACCAGUCCACCUGCAGUGGAGACGGCGCUGUCCAACGAGUUCAUUGAGGCGUGCGAGGAGUUGGGCAUCCCACGGACAGCGGACUUCAAUGCACCCGGUGGGCGGUAUGGGGCUGGGUACUACCACUUCAACACCCGCGACGGUGUGCGCGAGAGUGCCGCCAAGGCGUUUCUUGGGCCGAUGCUGGACACCAAGACGGGCAAGUCCACCAAGAGCAAUUUCCGCCUGAUGCUCGACACGACCGUAACGAGAAUCCGGAUCAACGAUAAUAACGUGACGGAAGGUGUGGAAGUUCGAUACAGCAACGGCACGGCGCAGCUCAUUCGUCUCGCAAAGCAUGGGGAAGUCAUCGUUACAGCGGGAGCGAUCAACACGCCCAAGAUUCUGAUGCUGUCUGGACUCGGGAAUCGCGACACGCUCGAGAAAGUGGAUCUUCCUGUGAAGAAGCACCUGCCGCGCGUUGGGAUGAACCUGCAAGACCACCCUGUCAUUGGAAUGACGUUCGAGUGCGAGUUACCCCGAGCCGUCGAUCUCAAGGCGGAGUUGGACUCGUAUUUCAAAGCCACCAACACAAAGCACACCAAUGCGUCCAGCUUUGGUCUAUUUGGCUCGGCCGGCAUUAGUGUUGGGGCGUUUCUGAUCCCCCCAGGCUCGACCAUACCUGAAAUCCAGCUCACACUGUUCCCACGCAAGUCCGAGCCACAUAUGUCGAACAGCGCGGAGCUCAAUCACGUGACGGAGGUGAUCAUCACGAUUGCGCUGCUUCACCCGCUUGCGCGCAAUCGCGUGGUGCUCGUUCACGACGAAGAUGCUUCCGUCGACGGCAACGACAUCGAUGACCACUUAAUCCCGCGCGUUGUCUCGGAGGUGCCGGAGCACAAGCCUGAACACCUUCGAGCAGGUGACGUCUGGAAGAUCACGUGGGCCAUUGGCGUGGUUCGAGAAAUUGCAGCAAUACUAGAUACUAACAUCAAUGCCUUGAAUGCUGUAUUAGACGAGAAGGACCUGAUCGGGAAGGAAAUCACCCCAGGCGCCGACGUCACUUCCUCGAAAGAUCUGGAGGAGUGGGUACUCAACUCGGUGUUUAGAAAUACGCAUUGGGUUGGCAGUGCGUCCAUGGCGACGUCAGAGGACGAGGGUGUCGUGGACAACCAUUUGCGCGUCUUCGGCGUCAAGAGUCUACGCGUAGCUGACGCGUCUGUCAUCCCUCUCAUCCCGAACGGCAACGUGCACUCGUCGGUGGUGAUGGUAGCAAACCGUGCCGCACAGAUUCUGCGUGAAGAUGAAGCAGACUACCGACGGCGCCACGCGCCACAUGCUGCGUAG